GGGGAGAAGGGAGCUCCUGGCGGUUGGUCGCGCGUGCUGCUGCCUGCUUCUCCUCGCUCUGUCGGGAGAUCGACGUCUUUGUCCACGCAGCUCAGGAGAGGGGGCGCCGGAAUGGAGGGGCGAGGGCCCGGACUCGGGCGGGUUCUGCUGCUGGGCUUCUGCGUCGCCGGCAUCUGGUCCGCCUACAUCACCCAGGGCGUCCUUCAGGAGACACUAUCAACCAAGCGUUUUGGUCCUGACGGCAAACGAUUUGAGCACCUGUCAUUCUUAAAUUUUGCUCAAGCUGUUGUGUGUUUCAUCUGGUCACUGAUGAUGAUUAAGCUUUGGUCCCCUCGAAGUAAGGGAGGUGCCCCAUGGUGGAGUUAUUGGAGUCCUAGUAUCACUAACACGAUUGGUCCAGCAAUGGGGAUUGAAGCAUUGAAAUACAUAAGUUAUCCUGCACAGGUUCUUGCAAAAUCCUCAAAAAUGAUUCCUGUGAUGUUGAUGGGAACUCUUGUUUAUGGGAUCAAAUACACAUUUUCUGAGUAUGUUUGCACACUUCUUGUUGCGGGAGGUGUUUCUGCAUUUGCGCUACUAAAGACUAGCUCGAAGACCAUUAGCAAGCUUGCGCACCCUAAUGCACCUCUUGGUUAUGGAUUGUGUUUUCUCAACCUGGCAUUGGAUGGGUUCACUAACGCGACUCAAGAUUCGCUGACUGCAAGGUACCCAAAGACGACUGCGUGGGAUAUCAUGCUUGGCAUGAACCUGUGGGGCAUUAUAUACAACGGCCUUUACAUGUUCGGUUGGUCUCAUGGAAUUGGUUACGAGGCAAUUCAGUUCUGCAAGGAGCACCCGGAAGCAGCAUGGGACAUCUUCCUGUUCUGUAUGUGUGGCGCUGUUGGACAGAACUUUAUCUUCAUGACCAUCAGUAGGUUCGGAUCCCUAACCAACACCACCAUUACAACAACCCGCAAGUUCGUAAGUAUAGUUGUAUCCUCAUUGUUGAGUGGUAAUCCCUUGUCUGCAAAGCAAUGGGGUUGCGUGUUCAUGGUGUUUGGUGGCUUGGCUUACCAAAUUUAUCUCAAGUGGAACAAGCAGCAGAAGAAGAAGAAGAAGUCAAAGUGAUGAGGUUUCAAUUGCCGCUCCGCGUUUCUUCAACAUGGGGAAACUGUAAUUUACAGGUUAAUUUUGUCAGAUAUUUUUAAGAUUAUGACACAGGCAUUAUUACCCCGAAGGGGGGGUUUUGUUUAAAGAAUACCUGUCAGUCGUUCCAUUGUAACAAACAAAGCAACUUUUAAAGCAGGACUACAAGCGAGAAGGAUGAGAACGUGAUUUGGCUUCUGUA